ACUUGUGUCAGACAUUCCUGCUCUUCAUUUAACUUGGCCCAGUUCACCGUACCUGGGCUUAAACAUUUGAGGUUCAUGGAGCAUCACUGAGGUGUUUUUCGUCAAAUCAGACUGAAAUGGACGAAAGCAGCAUCAGGAUGAGGAAGGAGUCGCAGAACGUCUCCACGGGCCACAGCGUGGACUGUGAGACGAAAGACAAGAAGCCUGGGAAAGCCACUGUGCUUCAAAAAGAUAUUGGCCUGUUAAGUGCCAUCUGUCUGAUUGUGGGGACGAUGAUUGGCUCGGGCAUCUUCAUCUCUCCGAAGGCUGUUCUGCUUUACUCUGGAGCGGUUGGACCCUGCCUUCUCAUCUGGGCUGCCUGUGGUGUGUUAGCCACACUGGGAGCACUCUGCUAUGCUGAGCUCGGCACCAUGAUCACCAAAUCGGGGGGAGAGUAUUCGUAUCUAACUGAGGCUUUUGGCCCCCUCCUGGCCUACCUUUACUCCUGGACCACUGUCAUGGUGCUGAAGCCCUCCUCCUUCGCCAUCAUCACUCUGAGCUUUGCAGAAUACGCCGCCAACCCUUUCUACCCCGGCUGUACUCCUCCUCUUGUGGUUAUCAAGUGUCUGGCAGCAGUAGCUAUAUUUAUGAUCGUCACCGUCAACUGUUUUAGUGUCAAACUGGCGAACUACGUGCAAAACUUCUUCACUGUCGCCAAACUUUUCAUCAUCCUUGUCAUAGUUGUAGCUGGCAUGGUAAUGCUGGCACGAGGAAACACUGAGAAUCUGUCGAAUGCAUUUGAUGGCACUUCAUCGUCUAUUGGAGCAAUUGGACUUGCGUUUUAUAAUGGGCUUUGGGCUUAUGAUGGAUGGAAUCAACUGAAUUUCAUUACAGAAGAGCUAAAACAACCAUCCAGGAACUUGCCACUGGCCAUCCUCAUUGGGAUCCCUUUGGUAUGUGUGUGCUACAUGUUGGUCAACGUCGCUUACUUCUCUGUUAUGACCGCCACUGAACUGCUGUUGUCUCCAGCUGUUGCCUUGACUUUUGGAGACAGAGUCCUGUACCCACUGUCUUGGAUUGUUCCUCUCUUUGUUGCAUUGUCUACAUUCGGCUCUGCCAAUGGAAGCUGCUUCACAGCUGGCAGACUGGCUUAUGUAUCUGGCAGAGAGGGUCACAUGGUUAAAAUAUUAUCCUAUAUCAGCUUGAAGCGCUACACUCCAUCCCCUGCUCUUAUGUUCAAUGGUAUUUUGGCUAUUAUCUAUAUUAUCCCAGCAGACAUCAACACCCUCAUUAACUACUUCAGCUUUGCUCAAUGGGUGUUUUACGGCUUGACGGCACUGGCUCUCAUCGUCAUGCGUUUCACUAGGAAGGAGCUCCAUCGACCAGUAAAGGUGCCGAUUGUCAUACCAGGCCUAAUAGUCCUGGUGUCCUGCUACUUAGUCCUGGCUCCCAUCAUUGAUAAGCCAGACAUGGAGUACCUUUACUGCACUAUCUUCAUCUUCAGUGGACUUCUCCUCUACUACCCUUUCGUCCACCGGAAAGUCAACUGGGCGCGCAAACUGAUGAGGCCCAUCACCAUGCAUCUCCAGCUGCUGAUGGAAGUAGUUCCUCCUGAGAACUGAAUGAGAGGGGAUAGAACCGACAACCAGAUCAUAUCACAGCCCAAAAAAUAAAAAUAAAGGCACAGAGGAGUCUGAGGGUUUAACCAUAGCCUCAUGAUGUCUUUCUCCACGUGAAGAAAUAAAUCACUUACAAUAACACAACUUUACUAUGAAGAUAAUCAACACUUACAGGAAUCAUUCAAAAGCAAAAUAUGUUAAGCAUUUCUUCAUAAAGUGCAAUAAAGGUUUUACUGGGCCAAAGAGCACUUGACGUAAAGCUAUGACUUAAUUAUGCUUGAAUUGGCACUUGAGCAAAGGGAAGGGAGGGAAAGGGGAAACAUCUUAAAUGCAUUGUGAAGAUAACAUGAAGGAUCAAGCAGAUCAUGCAACGAAAUGUGGAAGCUUUUAUUUAUGUUGCUCCUGUGGUUGGGAACUGAAACAUCAGAGUUUCUUUAAGGAUGUUUGUGUAUUAUUUAAUAAUGAUUUCACACUGAGAUAUACUGAAACAGUGCUGCAUUGUGUAAUCCAUGGCGGUUAUUAAAUGUAUCAAUCUUUGACCAUAAAGUGGACAUUGG